AACUCCUAAAAACACCUAAAACCUAAAACAAGUUGAGCUCUUCUUCUCUUUCACCCAAUCCAAGCCCCAAUCUAAAUCCCUAACCUCUCAAUCUACAGCCCCAAUCUGUUUCCUUCUCUUUCUCGUCGUCGAGCAACCACCUUCUCCCUGUCAACCAACCCCGAGCCCGAUUCUCGCUGCCGCCGUUGUGACCACUAUUCUCGCUGCCGCCGUAACCAUCGUUUUCGCCGUUGCCGUGACCCUUCUCCCUGUCGUUCUCGUCGUUGCCGUGACCCUUCUCCCUGCCGUUCUCGUCGUUGUCGUGACCCUUCUCCCUGCUGUUCUCGUCGUUGCCGUGAGCCUUCUCCUUGCCGUUCUCGUCGUUGCCGUGACCACCUUCUCCCUGCCGUUCUCGUCGUUGCCGUGACCGUUCUCGCACCACGUCUACCGUUCUCGUCGUCACUGUGACCACCGUUCUCACAUCCGAGAAGCAAUGGCUCGAAGAAGAAAGUUAAAUAUUCGACAUCGAGCAAGUGAUAAUGAAGGAAUUCAGUCUACUUCAAAUAAUACAAACUCAACCAAUGUAGAAGGAAGUAAUGUUGCAGAAACUCGUUCUAGUCCUUGUCAUGCAGAAGGUGUCAUACGUGAGUCUGUAGAAUCUCACUCAAUUCCCUCUGAUAUAGAAGUUGAAGAAGAACAAAUUGAAAAAGAAGUAGAGCCUAAACGGGCUAGAGGUCCUACAAAAAUGUUAGAUGUAUGGGAAAUGGAAGAUGGUGAUUUAAUAAUCGUUAAUUUGGACAAAUAUGGUCGACCCAUUGGUGAGGAAGGGACAACUCUAACUCGUUUCAUUGGUAGCGUAGCUAGAAGGUAUCAAUAUGCUCCUAUCAACUACAAGUCAUGGAAAGUUAUGCCAAAUGAUUACAAAGAAGAAAUGUUGAAAUUAAUAGAGAGUAAAUUUGAGUUUGUUCCUCCAAUAAAUGACUUAACAAGAGAAAUGUUAAAAUCUGAGCUGAAUGAGAAAUGGAGGCAAUGGAAGGGUGAUCUAAAGUCAAUGGCAUAUGACCCUACUAAAACAGAAGAAGAAGUUGCAUCUCUUGUACCAGAUGAUAGGGUUGACCCAAAUCAAUAUCGUGGUUUGGUUCAUCAUUGGUUUUCUGAUGAAGGACAAAAAAUAAGUAAAAUUAAUAGGCAAAAUCGUGCUAAAUUUGAAGAUGUUCAUUGUAUGGGUUCAAAAAGUCUCCCAAAGUUUAUUGAUGAGAAGAUAAAAAGGGCAAAGGAGUGUUGCCUGGACGUAAAGAGAUUUACAUUGAUACCCGCACUCGUAAAGAUGGAGCAAUUGUCAAUGGAAAGGCUGCAAGAUUGAUUGAAGAACUAAAAAAACAUAAUAAUGAGGCUGGAACUUCUCAAUCAACCCAAGACACACAAGGUUCUAUGUCUUGGAAGGAUGACAUAUUUUAUCAAGUACAAGGACCUGAUAAAAACGGACGUGUGCGAUGUAUGGGCAAGAUUCCUCAUUCUAAAAAAUCGAAGGUUUGUGCAUCUGAAAAUGAAGAGUUGCGCGAAAGAGUUAAGAAUAUGGAAAACUUGUUAGCAAAUGUGAUGACUUUAAUUCAAAAUCGAUUUUCUGGAGCAGAUGUUAAUGAUAUAAUACAAGCUGCAAGACAGGUUCCUGAUGCUACUAGUGCUCAAAACCAUUUGAAUUCACUUAGUCCAAACAACAACGAAAAUAAUGAAAAUGGUGAAGAUUAAAAGCUAAUUUGUUGUUGAAGAUGGAAUAUUGGCAAUUUAGUGGACUCAAUUUCUUAAUAUUUUUUGAGAUUGUUAUGUAUGACACAAGAUGUCUAUUUUAAAUGUCUAUUUUUUGAGGUUUAGGAUUUUGUUU